AUGCUCCGCACACAUCGUCCUCCCUCUGUGUACUCCCAAGACGACCCCCUUGCUUUUGCUUUGCGCCCACCCGAGACAGAAACAGAGACAGAGAAACGAAUCAGGCUUCAGGCAGAGGCAGACGCGAAACGAAUUUCAGACACCAUUGAUGAGGAGCUCAAGCAGGAGAGGAAGAAACUCGAAAGGCUCAAGCAGGAUGUCAAGCUGCUUCUCUUAGGGCAGGCCGAAUCGGGAAAGUCGACGCUCCAAAAGCAAUUCCAGUUGAUGUAUGCCCCAGAUUCCCUGGAAGAAGAGCGUACCUCUUGGCGCAUAGUCAUAUACUUCAAUAUCGCGCGCUCGAUCAAAGACAUACUUGAAACGCUCGAGGCGUACGGGGAUGUCUAUGAAGAGGAUCCCGUCAUUGAAUUAUCGGAAGGGGAGGAUAUUUCUCGUUUCGAUCAUGACAUCUCAUCCGGUGAACCUGUCAAUCUACUUGGCGGGAGAAGUGGAUCGCCCUCACCUGGGACGUCGCCACACCCUACUAUGUUAUCUCCUGCAGGGGAUGCAGCUGCGAGCGCACAGGAUCAAGCCAAAUAUAUCGGCACGCUCCGCCAUCGCUUAUCUCCGCUAGUCGAGUCUGAAAGCACUCUUGCGGAUAGUCUUAGCGGGGGUGUGCAGGUGUCUGGCUCCGGAAAGGGAGGCGUCUAUGUUCGCCGUGGCUGGCAGUCAACAGCAUCUGGUUCGAAGUUUGGCGAUGGAGUGCAAAAACCUAGGCGCAGUGUCGGAUCCACCAGUGGACGCUCAAAUAGUCAAAACGGCACUCGCGCCAGCAUUGAUGAGAGGAGCUCGUCGGCCGCUGGUGAGAUUGUCGAGGUGGUUUGCAAGAUCUUGGAGGAAUGUCAGGAGGAUGUGAAAAGCUUGUGGGAGACCGAGGUCGUGCAGAAGAUGAUCAGACGAAGGCGUCUUCGGUUAGAUGAGUGGUCGGAAUUCUUCUUACACAAUAUAGCUCGAGUGGCCGCGCGCGACUAUGUGCCAACUACAGAUGAUAUCCUCCACGCCCGCAUCCAAACGAUGGGUGUGGCCGAACACACUUUUGAAGUCCCACUGCAUGGGAAGUCCGUUACAUGGCACUUGUAUGACGUCGGCGGUGCCCGAGGUCAACGUCACACCUGGGUUCCAUAUUUUGACGAUGCGAACGCCAUCAUCUUCGUAGCUCCUAUCAGUGCAUUUGAUCAAUAUCUCGAAGAGGAUCCACGAACGAACAGAAUCGAUGAUUCACUGCAACUCUUCACACAAAUUUGCUCGAAUCCACUCUUGAAAAACGUUCACUUGGUUUUAUUUUUGAACAAGACCGAUGUUCUUCAAUCCAAACUAGCGAGUGGUUUGCGUGUCAACAAGUACAUCACUUCGUAUGGCGAUCGACCCAACGAAUACGACGCAGUCGUACAAUACUUCCGUUCUCACUUUUUGCAGGUCCACAGAAGGAACAACGAGCAGAAGCGGGUCUUGUACACGCACUUCACCAGCGUCGUCGAUACCAAAACGACACGAAGCAUCAUUGCGAACGUCCGGGACUCUAUCUUCCGUGGUUACCUCAAAUCAGCCGCUCUUGUCUAG